AUGGAUUGUUUUCUCUCUCUCUCUCUCUUGAUAUUCCUUUGCUUUUGCUUCGUCAGUAGAAGUAAAGGAGAGAGACUUUUGCGCGCCAAAACCAACCACCACCCUUUUGAUUCAGACGACGAGUAUUCAUCGGACGACGAUUCAUCAGACGACGACGAUUUGCUUUUUCUGCUUCUUUUUCUCGUAAAGUCGUCAAAGAGUGUUUGGGGGCAAGAAAGAAUAAUAAUGGGGGAAGAAGGAGAUGUCCCGAAAAUGUCCCCGAUGGAUGAAAGUCUCGCGCGAGCGUCGUUAACCUCCGGCGUGCACCCACCGCACGCGGGCGCGAUCGAUUACCCACUCGUCGCGUUUUUCCAAAUGAAAUCUGUACCUUCGGACGAACAUGUACAAGGUAUUUUGAACAAACUGGCAAAGUUUCCCAGGUUUCGGUGUAAAGUCGAACCGGUUGUUGAGGGAAACGUGUUGGGGAAAUUGCACUGGGUGCCCACGGAAAUUCGGUUUCAAAAACACGUGACGAGACGAGACGACGUGCACUCGCACGAAGAAUUAGACAAGAUUAAGAACGAGUUACUGGUGAAACCGUUACAAACGGACGUGCCUUUGUUCGACGUGUUCGUGUUGAGUUCUUCGAAAGGAAGGAGUAAUAAUAGAAGUAAAAGUAGCGAGAACGGCGAUAGCGAAAGUAGUAUUAAGCCGGUGUUGGCGAUUCGAUAUUCGCACGCCAUCGGGGAUGGAGUGCACGCGGUGAAGGUAUUGGAACACAUCGCGUGUGGGUUAGACGGCGAGCCGGUGAAAAUGGUGCACUGGAAGAGAAGUAAGAAGAAAAAGGAGUUUAAGAAUGCGUGGGCGAUGAUGUUGGACUGUUUGUAUUUCGUUUGGGUGUUUAUGGUUGGUUUUUGUCGCGCGGUGUUUACGGCGUUUGGACCGGCGGAUAAUAAGACGGUCAUUCGAGACGAGCCGGUGAAAUGGUCCGGUAAAAGGGAAAUCACGACGUCUACGCCGAUCGCGUUGGAGGAGUUGAAAGCAGUGAGGGCGGCGUUUAAGUGUACGAUAAACGACGUGGUCGUGUCGUGCAUAGCGGGGGCGGUGCAGAGGUACAUGGAGGCGAGGGACUGCCCGUUUACGAAGAAACCGUCGACGAGAGUCAGGGCGAUUAUUCCCUUCGCGACUAUACCGAAGAAAGAGAUGGAAAAUAUGAAAAAAGAUCCGUACACGUUGCAAAAUUUAUUCACGUUUGUUUCCUUGCGACUCUCGAUGGGCCCGUGUUCAGCCACCGAACGGUUGAAACGAACGAUGAAGAAAACGUAUGAUUUGAAACGAUCGCCGGAAGCGGCGAUUACGAUCUUCUUGAACGCUAUAAUCGGGAAACUCGGGUCGGCGAUGCAAAAACAAACCCUUUACGAUUACAUGUCUCGACACUCUAUGGUCUUAACGAACGUUCCAGGGCCGGUUGAGCGCGUGAGAUUGGCCGGGAUAGAGGUGGAAACGGUGGAUUUCGCCUGCGCGAAUUUGAUCAACCAAGUGAGCGUGUUGAGUUACGCAGGGGAAAUACGGUUGACUUUGGUUACCGAUCCAGAAGUUGUGAAGGAUGCGCACACGAUCGCGGAGUAUUUCUUGAAGGAAAUUAAGAGUUUAAAGAUUGCCGCGGAUAAAGUUUCCUCGGAAGCGGCCGCGGCGUGA